AGUAUGCCCUGUGUUUUUCAUUUUUAUUCACCAUUUUCAGAGCAAACACCACAGAGCGGAGGAUGUAAAAUUCACAGAUGUGUUACAUUUUCCUUUUUACAUUCAAUGCACAAUAAAGUUUUCCACCAUUAAUCAAAGAGAAAAGAGAAAGAGAAAGAGAAAGAGAAAAUAGAAUAGAAAAGGAAAAGAAAAAGAAAAGAGGGGGAGAGGUUCUUGAAGCUUUGGAUGAUCAAAGGAUUCAAAGGGAAGAUUUGAUUCGAGGGUUUGAACAUAUGGGCUCUGUUGAGGAUGCCUUGUGGGCUCUUCUUUCCUGCUUUUCUUUUUGGAAAAGAAGGGCUACUUUUAUAACUUACACAGAGGCUUUGUUAUUGGUGGUGGUUGAAGGAUUUCAAGGGUGGUGAAACAGUAUGAGGAGUAAGAAGAACCGGUUCAAGGAGCGGAGGGGUGGUAUAAGACGGAGGGUGGAGAAGAUAAUGAAGUGCCUCUGCUCUGGAGAGGAAUUAAGAGCAGAUAAAAUGAUUCCUUUGUCUGAAAUCCUUGCAACCAACGAUUAUUCAGCAAGUUGCAGUUCUUCUCGAGCUGCUGAGCUUGAGCAGAAGCAAGAUAUUGGUAAUAUUGAAGAAGCUGAAUCAUCUCUCCGUGAGAGUGGUUGUUUAAACUAUGAGGAAGCAAGAGCAUUGUUAGGGAGAUACGAAUAUCAAAAAGGGAACAUAGAAGCUGCUCUGCAUGUAUUUGAAGGAAUAGAUAUUGCUGCAGUGACUCCCAAGAUGAAACUCACCCUCGCUAAGAGAGGAGAACGUCGUAGGAGACGCUCUCGAAGUGAUGCUGCCCCACCUAUGUCCAUACAUGCUGUUAGUUUACUCUUGGAAGCAAUCUUUCUUAAAGCAAAGUCAUUGCAGGGUCUUGGAAGGUUUAAAGAAGCUGCUCAAUCAUGCAACGUUAUUCUGGACAUUGUUGAAUCUUCAUUACCAGAAGGCUUGCAUGUAAACUUUGGUUCUGACUGUAAAUUGCAGGAGACUUUAAAUAAGGCCAUUGAGUUGCUUCCAGAAUUAUGGAAACUUGCCGAUUCUCCUCAUGAAGCAAUUUUGUCAUACCGACGAGCCCUUCUACAUGCUUGGAACAUUGAUGUGGAAACUAAUGCAAAAAUCCAAAAAGAGUUUGCUAUUUUUCUAUUAUACAGUGGAGGUGAAGCAAGCCCCCCCGAGCUCCGUUCCCAAAUGGAUGGUUCAUUUGUACCUAGAAACAACAUAGAAGAGGCUAUUCUUCUAUUAAUAAUUCUAUUAAGAAAAAUUUCUCUUGAAAAAAUUGAGUGGGACCCAUCAAUCUUGGAUCACCUCUCCUAUGCUCUGUCUCUGUCAGGGGGACUAAGGUCUUUAGCCAAUCAAGUAGAAGAAUUGCUUCCUGGGACCAUGAAUCGAAAAGAAAGGUAUCACACUCUAGCACUCUGUUAUUAUGGAGAUGGUGAUAGCUUGACUGCUUUGAAUAUGUUGAAGAAACUAUUGAGUAAUGCGGAGAAUCCAAACUAUCUUCCAGCUUUAUUAAUGGCUUCAAAGAUUUGUGGGGAAAACCCAAAUUUUGCAGAAGAAGGGAUCAGCUUUGCCCGCAGAGCCCUGCAAAGCUUGCAGGGAGGGUGUGAAGAGAUGGGAAGUGUUGCCAACUGUUUAUUGGGUAUUUCACUUUCUGCACAUUCCAAAUCAGUUGUGGCUGACUCUGAGAGGGUUUCAAGACAAGCUGAGGCACUUCAUGCCCUGGAAACAGCUGGGCGAAUGAUUAAAGUAAGAGAUCCCAAAGUUGUUUACCAUCUCAGCCUAGAAAAUGCUGAGCAGAGGAAGUUGGAUGCUGCACUUUAUUAUGCAAAGUACUUCAUAAAACUUGAAGGCGGGUCUUCAGUUAAAGGAUGGUUAUUGUUGACUCGGAUAUUAUCAGCUCAAAAACGGUUCAAGGAUGCUGAAGCUGUCAUUAAUGCUGCCAUUGAUCAGACUGGAAAAUGGGAUCAGGGAGAAUUGUUGAGAACUAAAGCUAAACUCCAAAUUGCACGUGGACGGUUAAAGCAAGCAGUUGAGACAUAUACUCAUCUUCUUGCUGUUCUUCAGGUUCAGAGAAAAAGCUUUGGGUCUGGGAAUAAGUUUCUCAAGGGUAGUGGAUAUCCUGAUAGAAGUUUGGAAUUGGAUGCAUGGCAUGAUCUGGCUUAUUUAUACAUAAGCUUGUCACGGUGGCAUGAGGCUGAGAUCUGUCUUUCCAAAUCCCGGGCCAUCAGUCCUUAUUCUGCUGCUAGAUGUCAUGCAAUGGGUUUACUUUAUGAAAAGCAAGGCCUCCACAAAGAAGCUCUAAAAGCCUUUGCAAAUGGUUUAGAUAUUGAACCCACCCACAUACCCUGCCUGAUCUCCAUUGCCGUGGUUCUCAGGCACCUCGGCACCCAAUCAGAUGCAGUUGUUAGAAGCUUUCUGACACAAGCACUGCAGCUUGACAGAAUGAACCCUUCUGCAUGGUAUAAUCUUGGCCUGGUUUACAAAGCCCAGGGUACUGCAUCAUUACAAGAAGCUGCUGAAUGUUUCGAGGCUGCAGCCCUUCUUGAAGAGUCGACACCAGUUGAGCCCUUCAGAUGAGUAGCUCUACACGCACCCUUUGGCUGUAGAGCUGUAAGCCAUCAAAUUUAUGCUUGAAUACAUCUCCCUCUUUCCCACAUUUGUAUUUUUACACUCUUCACAUAUUGUAAUUUGACAAAGAAAAGCAAUAAAAGGACAAGUUUUGUUUUCUGAUUCA